AUGGCACCCAUCAUGAUUCAAACAAGCUGGGGACUGCAUUGCCAGAAUGUCGUUGCGGAUCGCCAAAGAGGAAGUCCGUACAUGAAGACGGGCAGAGUCGGCCAACGCGAGUCAAUUUACCGCGGUAUCUUGUACGCACACAAAGCAGCCGUAACAGCUGACGUCGGACGUUCUCAGAAAGCGGCCUUCGUCCGAUGGCUUCCGAGAGAGACCGGCGCCCUGAACACUUGGCGCUACAGCAAGCGGCCAUCCCGCAUCUGGGGGACUGGGGUCAGUAGUGGGGAAUGGCACGGCGGCGUCUUGAGCGUUGACGCACCAGGGUGA